GUGACACAUUUCUGGUCAAGUUUGAGGAAUUGUUCAUUGGGGACAAAACAAACCAAGACGUUUCAACCUUGGACUUCCUCAACCCUCCCUCUCUCUUUUCUUCUACACCUUCUCUUCCUCUUUGCUCCACUUCCUUCUGCCUCUCCUCUUCUAUCUAAUGGCGGACUGCACAUCCAAACCUGCUUCUGCCACUGCACCAACCCUUCUAUUCUUCGCCUUUUCUUUCUUCCUCCACGUCCUUGGUGACACGCCACCGCCCUUCAACCCCACCGACAAAAUCUUUCUCGAUUGCGGCUCCCCUGGCAACUCUUCCGACUCCCUGGACAACCGCCUCUGGGUCGGGGACGAACGCUCCAAAUUCUUCCCUUCAGAUCUCCAUCACAACAACGCAUCGCUCACUUCCCAAGCGGAAACGCAAUUCUCUUCUAUCAACGGCGUCCCUUACACAACAGCACGCCUGUCCCACUCUGAAUUCACCUACUCUUUCCCGCUGAGUCCUGGCCAGAAAUUCAUACGCCUCUACUUCUACUCCGCUCCUUACAAAAACUUCCACCGCUCCAAAGCCGUAUUCUCCCUCAAAACUGGCCUCCGUACUCUCCUCCGUGAUUUCAAUGCCUCUGUAAACGCGGACACUUCCGAUCCUCCUUCCGGCGCGAUUGUUCGUGAGUUCUGCGUGUACGCGGAGGGAAAUGGUGUGAAGCUUAACCUUACAUUUACACCCACAAAUCAAGACUCCUAUGCGUUUAUCAAUGGGAUUGAGAUUGUAUCCAUGCCGGAUGAUCUUUAUUACACCCCACCCAACCCCAAUGACCAAGGCGGUAGAGGGUUGAAGCUUGUCAACAUAGAUAAUCAGUUCAUCCCAGUUGAAAACAACACGGCUCUUGAAUUGGUAUAUAGAAUGAAUAUGGGUGGAAACCUCAUCUCCCCCUCCCAAGACACUGGAAUGCUUCGAACCUGGUUACAGGAAAGUAAUUUGUUGGAUAGUAACUUAUUUCCUCAACCUACUGAUCUCUCUGCAAAUCUCAAUUACACUAAAAUACCCACAUACACUGCACCAGAAAAUGUGUAUCAAACUGCCCGAACCAUGGGUCCGAAUAGGACUUUUAACAAGGGCCAUAAUCUCACAUGGGAGUACCCUGUAGAUCCUGGGUUCACUUACAUGCUUCGUCUUCAUUUCUGCGAGUUUGAGUCUAAUAUCACUGCUGCCGGUGACAGAGUGUUCUUGAUUUACAUUAGAGACUACACGGCUGAGCCACAAUUCGAUGUGUUUCGACGAGCCGGCGGGAAAUAUAGUCCAAUUUAUGAAGACUACGCUGUGCUUGUGCCUGGUGGUAAUCAAAAGAAAGUGAAUCUCUCUGUUACGCUCCAACCAAACCCAGAGGAUUUCAAGACGAGAUACGCCAAUGUGAUCUUGAAUGGUAUAGAAAUCUUCAAAUUAAACGAUUCAAAUGGUAAUCUCGGUGGUCAAAACCCAGACCCACCUAUCACGACGGUGAUCCAAUCUCCACCUCCGUCGAUCCCACCAAAGAAGAAUUCUGGUAAAACGGUGGCAGUUGUAAUACCGGUGGUGAUUGUGGGUGUUGUCGCCAUAUUAGCUCUGGGUUUGUUUUUCUUCCGGCGAAGAAGAACAUUUACAGACCAAAACUCAAGCGAUGGAGCUUCGUGGUUGGCUCUUUACUCCACAACAACGAACAAAUCAAACAAAUCAAGCAAGACCCGCAACUCCAAUCUCCCCUCUAAUCUAUGCCGUUACUUUUCAUUGCCGGAGAUUCAAGCGGCCACCAAGAAUUUUGACGACAAUUUCAUCAUUGGCGUUGGCGGAUUUGGUAACGUAUACAAAGGCUACAUCGACAACGAUGCCACCCAAGUGGCAAUUAAACGAUUGAAACCAGGUUCAAAACAGGGCGCCCACGAAUUCAAAACAGAGAUUGAGAUGCUCUCGCAGCUUCGCCAUCUCCAUCUCGUCUCCCUCAUCGGGUACUGCAACGAUGGUAAGGAAAUGAUUCUUGUCUAUGAUUAUAUGUCUCAUGGAACACUCCGCAGCCACUUAUACGGAGACAACGAACAGCCUCUCACAUGGAAUCAACGCCUCCAAAUUUGCAUUGGUGCCGCAAAGGGGCUACACUACCUUCACACAGGAGCCAAUCAGACAAUCAUCCACCGCGAUGUGAAAACCACUAAUAUCUUACUCGAUGAGAAAUGGGUCGCGAAGGUUUCUGAUUUCGGGUUGUCAAAAGUGGGGCCGGCGAACAUGUCGAACGCACACAUUAGCACGGUGGUUAAAGGGAGCUUCGGUUAUCUAGACCCAGAGUACUACAGACGGCAGCAGCUAACUGAAAAAUCUGAUGUGUAUUCAUUUGGGGUUGUUCUCUGUGAAGUGCUCUGUUCUCGUCCGCCGUUAAUACGCUCUGCAGACAAGAAGCAAGUGUACCUAGCAGAGUGGGUUCGGCGGUGCUGCCGUGAUAACACAGUGGCGCAAAUUAUUGACCCGAAUCUCAGGAAUGAGAUUACGCCGGAAUGCUUGAGGAAGUUUGUUGAGAUGGCUGUGAGUUGCAUUGAAGACGAGGGAAUGAAGAGGCCGUCGAUGAAGGAUGUGGUGUGGGGAUUGGAGUUUGCGUUGCAAUUACAGGAGGCGUCGAAAAAGAAGGGAGAGGAAGAUGAUGUGGGCGGCGGCGAGAGGGAUGUCGGGGAAGAACAGUGGUUGGUGGAUGAGACAUUGUUUAGUAGCACUGGUGAUCGGAGAAUGGAAUCGGAGUCGGGAAUGAGCAAUUAUGUGACGACAAGCAAUAGUGAUGCCUCCAUUUUUACAUAUAAUAAAGGGAUGUCUGGUACUGUUUUUUCUGAGAUUAAGGACCCCGCCGGAAGAUGAUGAUAAAGAAGAACAGCAAAUAUUUUUAUUUUUAUUUUGUGUUUUCUGGACUUGCAGAAAUAAUUACGGGAGAACAAGAUCAUGGAAGGAAGGGUUGUUAUUAUAAAUAAUUGGUCGGAUCAUGUAGGAAUUGAACAUCAUACUCUCA